GUUGUUCAGCUCUAGCUUACUGCACACGUUGAUAACGUGUGACAAGUACGGUGGAUGUAAUACAAGACCAUCUCAUCCGUAAGUACAUAUUUGUUUGUUAAUACAAAAAUAUCACAAAUAUAUAUAACUUCUUUUUCAGCCCAAUAUUAAAUAUUGAUUGAAUUUCUGUUAAUUCAAAUGUAUCUAUCAUUUCACUGAAUUGUCUGAAUAUCUUGAUUAUCAAGCAAUGGUGUGUUUUAUGUAUUUUAGUUCAGCACUUAGAUGUCCCAAUGUUGUUGUUUUUUUAAAGCAUAUAAUAUAUAUAACAAAGUUGUUAAUUAGCUUCCUAAAGACACUUACACCAUUGACGUUUGAACGGAAAUCUACUACAGACCAACACAUUUUCAAGAUCGUUUGUGUUCUCGGUUCUCAGCGCAGAGCUUCUGAAUUGGACGACCGUGAACAUAUUGGGUUGUAACGCGUUCAUAGCAAUAAUGACGGGGCUAAAUAGCUAGCGAUGGAGAUCGCUGAGAUUUUAACCAUGAAAGCCACAAAGAAUAGUAGCGAAAACCAGGAAGAAAACCAUGGUAAAAAAAUCAGUCUUUGGAGGAGUUGACCACACUAGAUCAGCGGUUCUCAACCUGUGGGUUGCGACCCAUUUUGGGGUCGCAAGACCCUUUCCCAGGGGUCGCCUAAGACCAUCUUAAAACAUAUAUCCUCUACAGUUAUGAAGUAGCAACGAUAAAAUUGUGUGUGGGGGAGGGGGGGUUCGCCUCAACAUGAGGAACUCUAUUAAAGGGUCACGGCAUUAGGAAGGUUGAGAACCACUGCCAAUGUUCCCUCUAAGGGUUGCUGGUUCGUGUGCAAAAUCAUACAGUUGUGUGCAAAGUUUUAAAGCAUCAAUUUUUACAGUCCAAAAACACAAACAAACACUUACAUGGAAAUUUCCUGCGUGGAUACUCAAAAGUGCUGCGCCAUCGUUGUUGUUAUCCGCUUGUUUGAAAGCUUGACCUGUUUUGUGUGUGUCAGAAAAUAAUGUAUUACUUUAGGUCAGAUUGGGAGACUGAGUUUCAAAGUUAAAAAUCACAUUAGUAUUUUUUAUAAGAAUAGAUUAUAUAGAUUUGAAAGCAAUUUCCUGAUUACCCCCCCCCCCCCCCCGCGCUCCUUUUUGUAACCCAUCACCCACUAAAACUAUCCAAGAAAUUUCACUACCCCCCCCCUCCCCUUCAGCCAUCAAUCACACAGCCCGCUUUGAGAAUCCUUGUAAGACAAUGUACCGUUAAUGUCAUUAGAAUCAUGAGUUAAUAUUAGAGUGAAAUAAUGUCCACCGUUGGUCCUUGACGUGUUUAACAAGUAGGGAAAGGAAUCACUUUUUUAAAUCCAGACGUCUCCAUCAGCCUCUAAAAUCGAAAAGAGCCUAAAGAUGUCCAAGCAGUGGACCAUCGAUGACUUUGAUCUCCUGCAAUACAUUCUGGUUGAUUUGAAUGGGAUCCCCCGAGGAAAGCUGAUACCGAGGACAGUGGCCAGGCGCUGCCUGAGCUGGGAGUUUCCAACAAGUGAGUGAUGAUGACCUGAACAGUUAAAAAAUUCGUUAAGUCUUCAUGUAAUUAACUUAUAUAAUUUUUUACUGUUUUCUAGAAAUGACAAACCUUAUUGUGACUAUGUUUGUUAAUAGGAAACCUUAUUGUGACUAUGUUUGUUAAUAGGUCACUUUAUAAGAAGAAAACCCUAAAAUGGAUCGCAACCAUAGCUGACAAGAUCAUUCCUCCUGACCUCUAGAUGACUCCUAGAAAGUUUGGUCCCAAUCCCCUUAGCCUAAAAAAAUAUAAUUUAAAAAAUCUUCAAAUCUCCUUGCAAUACAUAAGUUUCUUGGGGGGGGGGGAGAGAUUAAUAACCAAAAGUUUUCUUUUUAGAAAAAAAAUUCAUUAAUCACAUUCCCCCUUCCACAGUUUGUCACGUGAUGGGCUCAUCAGCUGACCCCCCCCGCCACGUAAACGAGAUUUUUGGCAGCAAUUUCGGUAAAAAAAAAAAAAUUUAAAAAAUUUUCAAAACCCCUUGCAAUACAAAAGUUUUUUGGGGGGGGGGGGAGAGAUUAAUAACCAAAAGUUUUCUUUUUAGAAAAAAAAUUCAUUAAUCACAUUCCCCCUUCCACAGUUUGUCACGUGAUGGGCUCAUCAGCUGACCUCCCCCGCCACGUAAACGAGAUUUUUGGCAGCAAUUUCGGUAAUGGGCUGGUCGUCCCUGACCUAGAUACACUUGCCGAGCUGCCAUGGGCCUCCAGGCCCGGCUGUCGUGUGGGUCAAGUGCUCUGCCACAUGCUGUACGAAGAUGGACGCACGGAGCCAACGUCGCCAAGAAACAACGUGAGUUAUUUGAAUUUUAGAACUCAACCGUUGACUUCAGUCGCGGCCACAGAAGUGCAGUAGUUUAGAAAUGUGUCCUAUCUUCUGUACCUUCUUCAUUAUGGGUCAUUAGAAUAUUAAUAUGAAACAAAAUUUAAAAAAAAUGCAUACGAAGGAUUUCCCUAGUGGUGAAUUUACCAUAUUCAAAUUGUUUCCAUUUUCCCAAAUAAAUUCUUUCCAGCCCAUUCCACUUUUUGUCGAUUCUCUCUGUAUUAUUUAAUUAAAGGAUUUUUCAUUUUCUUAACGUUAAUUGUUACUAUUUAUUUUUUUAAUCAAAUGUGUGUGUGUGUUUAAAGUAACUAGUUUAACUUUCAUCACAUUUCAAUGGUCAAAUGUUAGUGUUUCGUGAAAUAAAAAUGUGCAAAUAAAAAAAAAUUAAAAAUAAACAUAGGUCCUGGUUUUUUAAAAUAAUGUUUAAAUAUGUUAAAAACUUACCCCAAUGGAAAUUAUUUUUUUAAAAUAUUUUUAAAAAAUUAAUAUUUAUAUUGAAAACGCUUCGUAGGUCAACCACUUUUGUGUUGGUAGGGAAAAUAAAUGAAAAGCACAAUGAGUGAGGAUAAUAAAUAUUUAUAAUGAAUUAUCUAAGUGAGGAAAAUUCUCGGAGACUUUAACAUCUUUAGUACCAAAAGCCACUUAAACAGAAUAUUAAUAUAUAACCCUAACUAAACAUCCUUCAUUUGAAGAACUAUUUGAAGAAAGAUGCUUUUAUAAAACUAAACACAUUUCGGAUGAUACGUCCCACCCUCUUCCCCACCCUCUUCAUCACAGAUACUUCGGAUCGGUCCGUUCGGGACGAAUUCUUUCCAUCAGGGCGAAGACUGACAGAUAUAAAAAUUCCUUUGUUCCCCAAUCUGUAGGAAUUUACCGGCGUCCUUCCUCUGAAGUCACACAUCUGAAUGAGAACUAAUAAGUCCCCGAUUUUGCUUAGACAACUGACUGAAUGGCUGUUUGAAAUAAUUUAUUAUAAAUGUCUUGUGUUCAAAUUCUUUUAUUUUUGUGAUGAAUAUGUAUAAUGCAAUCCAAAAAAAAAUCCAUUUAUUUGGAUCAAUAAAAGAAUCUUAUCUUAUCUUAUCUUAUCUUAUUUUAAUGGCGGUAAGCAAAAAAUAAUACAAUAAAAGUAAUGUAAGAUUCAUGUAUAAUGUACUUAAAUGUAAGUUAUAUUAAAACAGGGAAAUAGCAAUCGGUGUCUCUAUGUCUUGGUCGUAUUUAUUUAUCCAAGGCCAUGAGACAAAUCAAAAAGUUGGAAUUGUUGGGCUUUAAGCUGAGAUCAUCGAUGACACUACAAUUCACAGUUUUCAAGUCGGAAGACGGUCAAAUUGUUUCGUUUCUCGGUGAGUAAAUGUGGGAUGCCCUAUUCCAUUUACGUAACAUAAGAUGCCCAUCAGUAUAUCGCCCAUCAGUAUAUUGCCCAUCAGUAUAUUCCCCAUCAGUAUAUUGCCCAUCAGUAUAUUUCCCAUCAGUAUGUUGUCGAUCAGUAGAUUUCCCUUCAGUAUAUUGCCCAUACCAUCAGUAUAUUACCCAUCAGUAUAUUGCCCAUCAGUAUAUUUCCCAUCAGUAUAUUGUCGAUCAGUAUAUGUCCCAUCAGUAUAUUGCCCAUACCAUCAGUAUAUAACAUAUACAUUACAUCACGUACGUUAAAGGUCAAAUCAGGUCCUCCCGUACCCCCAUAUAAGCGGAUCCCUUUUUUCGAGGACCCUAAAACUAAUGGGGCCCCUAUUCAUGUGCCUCCAUGUCUGUACGUUAAUCCGGCCUUUCCAUGCAUAUCUAAAUGAGAUACGCGAUAUUUCUUUAACGUAAAGUGUGCUUGAACAUUCCAAAUUUAUUUUGCUUGAAUUCGAACUGUAACUUUCUCCAGGUGGCAAUAACCACCAGAGCAUCACCACCUACAGCAACAUUGGCGUUGAGAAUAUCAUGCUAGAUGCAUGUGAACAACUUCGACUUGCUGGAGUCAGUGUGGAGACUUGGACCUCAGGUGUCAUGCCAGGUAACAUGCAUAUAAACAAUGUUGUUUUUUUUCUUGUAAACGAAUUCAUGCCAAUAAAUUAUAAUAAUUACAUUUGAGUAAUCAUUUUAAUUUUUUUUGUAUUUAAUUGUGUUUCAACUUUUGAAAGGCGAGUAAAACAUUCAAUUAAGUUGUGCUCAAUUAAAUUUAAGUUGUAUUUAACGAGAAACAAAUAGCGUUACUUAAUAGAUUUAGGGUCGCUUUUUAUUUAGCGUAUUAUUUUCCUUUCACAAAUAUAAAGCAAUUUGGGUCUGAGAAUGGUUGGGGAACAGAAGCUAAAAUUGUAUUACUUAAAUAUCACAUCUGUUAUGUAUAGUGUAGAGGUUUGGGGAAACAGUUUCAGUAUUUUAAAUAUUUUUUAUUAACUUUACUUUUGUUUCUGGUUGGCUGGUUGGCAAAAUUUUCGAACGCCCAAUAGACCAACUGCCAGUCAACCUAUCGAGCUUAAACUUCGCACAUGGACUCGUUGCCGAUCUCGACCAAUUCUUUCAAAUUUUCACCCGUAAAAUCAAUUUGACUUGCAAGAUUGCCGUUACAUUAAGCUUCGGCUGGUCAUCCACUGCAUCUUGGUCUAUUUCCAGUCGUCUCGACUAACUCUUCCUAUUGGAUCAAAUAGGCAGGGACGAGAGCGAGAGAGAGUGUGAGCUGACGAAUUGAGCGACUCUCCCUCACUUUAAAUUAUAAACAAAAAAACACAGCUCAAGUCUAGGCUGCUACUCAAGCCAAGGCUGCUACUCAAGUCUAAACAAUGCUUCAGUGGCGUAGCGAGGGUGUUUGGCGCCCGGGGACAAGAUUCGCGCCCGGGGACAAGAUCCAUUUUUAGCGCCCCUUUUUCUUUUUUUCAACUCUAAAACCCAUUAUUUUCAUUAAUAAAAUAAUAUUAAAGCACAUUUUGGCGCCCCUAACUAGCUGGCGCCCAGGGACAUCUGUCCCCCCCUGCCCCCACCACGCUACGCUUCUGCAAUGCUUUGUUCAUCUUCUCAUGCCAAGGAUGAACAUCAUGUUAAGAGUCACUAUCCAAGAACACGUAGCAAUGUGAAAUUUAAUUGUCUAAUUCGUUUAAAAUGUUCGUGUUACCGUUUUAACGAAAACAAACGGAACGCAAGUUUUAAUUUAUGUUUAUUAGGUUCAUACGAGAUGUCUCUUGGAGUCUCUGACGGAGUCAAGGCGGCAGACGCGGCGUUCAGGCUGAAACAUGGGCUCAAGGCUGUCAUGGCCAAACAUGGCUACCAGGUCACCUUCAUGACCCAUCCGUGCGGCACGGAUAUUUACUCGGGCUGCACCUUCAGAUUCACGGCUCACAACGCCAUUGGUGGGAACAUCUUUCAUGACGAGACGGCAGGCGACAAGCUUUCAGGUAAGACGGUGGCAGACGAUAAUGGUGGUUUUUUUUUUAUCUUUGACUAGCGUUGUGUUGGCUUCUUUGGUGUUUUAGAGCAUUUUGAAUAACUGUGUAACGAACCAUUGUAUGGGUUUGAAAAUUGAAUCUGUGUUAAGAAUUUGGCUCGUAGAGUAAAAAAAAAAAAACAACCUAGCAAAGAACUAAAACAGUAUGUAAAGAAAAGGAUACCAAAGUUAGUAAUACCAACAAUAUUCAAUUUAAUUAUGCUUUUUGAAUUGCCAUAAAAAUACAAGUUCAAUUUCAGAAAAAAAAAAGCAAAAAAAUGUGUCAACUUACAGGACAGCUAGUGAAAAUGUACAGUCCUCGAAAAGAAUUCAAAUAUUAAUUUACACACGCACAUAAAGAGUUAAAUCUUGCAAUUAUAUAAUGUCUCAUAUAUGUUAAGAAAUAAAGCAAAAAAUCUCCCUCUCGCCUAGGAAAGCUGCCGGCCCAUAGGGGUUAUAUCAGAACUAUCCAGAAUAGAAAUCGUAGAAAUUGCGUCACCUGAAAGCAUUCUUUAAAACAAAUAGAGCGUCUUCAAACGUAAACGAUCUUUUCCCAAUCAAUGAAGGGGCGGGUAAGGCUUGCCACAUCCCAUUUAAUCGGUAACGUCAACAUGGAAACAAACAAGGGGGAUACACGUGGUGGUGUUGAAAAAUAACUCUAAGUUGAAGUGAAAAAACUAGGCCAAGACAUAGUCUAUACUAUAAAAACUGUGAAUAGUUGUAAUCUUUUUUUUUUUUUAGCUUUGAAGUUUCUACAUAUGAAAAGAAAUUUUUGCAUACAAUCUAUUAACUUUGAGUAUGUCGAGAAAAAAAAAAGCAAAUUGAACAACAUUUGAUUUUUUAUAUUUUUAAUAUUUCUUUCAGCUCCUAAUAAAUCAGCUUGAGUAUAAAAAUGGGUGAUUCUAGAUUAUUGAGAAGUCUGUAAGGACAUGAAAUCAACCUUAUAGGGGGAUAAAUUAACUUUUUUGACCAUUCUUAAAGCUAUAAAUGUCUGGGAUAACAUUUAUUGUAUUAAUGUUAAUAUUUAUGUUUCAUGCAUACGUUUAUUUAAGGAUAACAUUUUGCUCAUCAGCUGUAACUUUGAUGAUAAGAAAUAACUUUUUUUUUAAUGACGUCAAGUGACGUGGGCACUUCCCAUUACUUACAUAACUGUUUCCCCAGCCCUGGCCCGGCACUGGAUGUCUGGCAUGUUACAACACGGUGCUGGUCUCACGGCUCUCUGCUGCCCGACGGUCAACUGCUACAGCCGUCUUGUUCUUGACGUCACGGCUCCAAAACACGUGACCUGGGACGUGGACAACCUCUCGGCUUGUGUUAAUGUCAAGGUCAUAGGAAAUGACGUGUGGAUAGAAAACAGAAUCCCAAGUUCAGCAUCCAAUCCGUAUCUUGUUCUCCUCGCGACUAUAGCCGCAGGGAUCGAUGGGAUCGAGCAAAAUAUGAUGUGUCCGGAUAAAUUUAGAUCUGAUGCCCUGAAAGUUCCACAAUCUCUAGAGGACGCACUUGUCGGACUGCAGACAGACAAAGUCUUAGAAGACGCUCUCAUGUCUCUACUUCUGAAAGCAUUCCUUGACAUUAAAUCGUGCAGUGAAGUUGAGAAAUUCAAAGAACUGGAAACAUCAGACGAUAAGUCAGAAAAGACAAGACAACUAGAGGACCAUCUUUACUUGAGUAGAAUCUGAAUGGGAGACUCAAAGAACAUACUUACUUUACUUAACUAAAUCUGAAUGGGAGACAAGAAAAAAAAAUGAAAUUACCACCCAUUAAACACUUAUUAAAAUAUUCAACUGCACUUUUCAAGAUUUUAUUUUUACCCAAUUUUAACUAAAAUCAACAGCCAUAAUCGUAUCUUAAGUGAUGUAAAUGGGAGAUAACCGUCAAAGGAAAAGGGAAGACGAUUAUGAAAAGUUAAGUUACCGUUUGUUCAGACCGCAAGACCCAUCUCCGCCAACCCAUCUACACCAACCCAUCUCUACCAACCCAUCUCCACCAACCCAUCUCCGCCAACACAACUCCGCCAACUCAUCUCCGCCGCCAACUCAUCUCCACCAACCCAUCUCCACCAACCCAUCUCUACCAACCCAUCUUUAUCAACCCACCUCCGCCAACCCAACUCCGCCAACCCAUCUCCGCCACCCCAUCACCACCAAUACAUCUUCGGCAACCCAUCUCCAACAACCCACCUCUACCAACCCAUCUCCACCAACCCAUCUCUACCAACCCAUCUCUACCAACCCAUCUCUACCAACCCAUCUCUACCAACCCAUCUCCGCCAACCCAUCUCUACCAACCCAUCUUUAUCAACCCAUCUCCGGCCAUUUUUUUUUCAGUACGUUGACAUAAAAUACAUGGUGUACCUUUAUAAUAGAGAUGAACUUUAACAUUUAUGAACAUGUCUUUUAAAUACAAAUAUAUACCAACUCGUGAAUCUCCG